CAUGCGGAAGUUCGUCUGUGUCGCCGCCGUGUCGUGUGUUUUCAGGGCGAGUCGUGAGAAAUAUGCUCAUUUUGACUGAACCGAUGUUUAAAAUGUGUUAAUGUCUAAAGGGCAGCAUGAGCGGCACGUGCAGGGAGGUUGUUACCCUCCAGCUGGGGCAUUAUUCCAACUUUAUCGGGACGCACUGGUGGAAUUUACAGGAUGCGGCGCUGGUUUAUGGCAGCGAUGCUCCGGCGGGAGAGCUGCAGAGUGACGUGUUGUUCAGAGAGGGUCUUACGCCCGGUGCACACGUCACUUACACGCCUCGACUCAUCGCCAUGGACCUCAAAGGAAGUCUUCAGACGCUGAGGAAGGAAGGCAGUCUGUAUGAAGGCACAGAGGAUGAAAACACCACCUUUACGUGGGAAGGACAGAUUAUGACCCAUAAAGAAAGCCCUCCCACCAAAAACGCCUUCCUACAGCAGCUGGACAGUCUGGAUGCGGGAGGUUUACUAGCAGAGCUGGAUUUCACGAGUUCUUCCUCUGCUGUGGAGCACUGCUCGGUGAGCGGCGCGGGAGCGGGUGUUGCCAUGGAGACGGUGAACAGCAGACUGGAGCGGAUGCAGAAAUCCUAUUGGCUGGAGGGAAGCGUGAGGGUGUGGUCAGAUUUCCUGAGGAUCCACCUACAUCCGCGCACCGUUUCCGUCAUUAACCAGUACAACCACGACGGUGAGGCGGAGCGUCUGGAGGUGUUUGGUCAGGGGGAGGCGCUCUUAAAGGGGCCAGUGCUGGAAGAUCUGGAGGAUCGGCUGCAUUUCUUCGUGGAGGAGUGCGACUAUCUGCAGGGUUUUCAGGUGCUGUGCGAUCUUGCUGAUGGUUUCUCAGGCUUGGGGUCAAAGGUCACAGAGCUGUUGCAGGACUCUUACGGGGGGCGUGGCAUCCUCACCUGGGGCGUGGCACCUGUCAAUCACCCAGAAACGAGCUCUAUAAAGGACUUGUACCACAUGAUGAACUGUGCGUUAGGAACACUCCAGAUGGCCAAUCACAGCUCGUUCUUCUGCCCUUUGACCCUAAGAGGCGGGUUAAUGAGACGCCCGCCUCCACCCACAGCCUUCCCGCUGCUCAACUGUGACCCGAUGCUGUGGUAUCACUCCAGCUCGGUUCUGGCUCUGGCGUUGGACUGUAUGACGGCCUCGUACAGACUGAGACAGAACAGCGCACCCAUGUGGCAGCUUUCAGACGCUCUGGCCGUCUCGGGAAGGAAGGUUGUUUCAGCGUACGGCUCUGUCCCGUUUCCCAUGAUGCACGGCGGCUGUCUCCCGGAUGCUCUGGAUGCGUUCUCUGAUGGUUUGCCCUGGAGACCCAUAUCAGCGUGUCCCGAGCUCGGCGAUGGCCGCUGUUUUGGCCAGUCAGUGACUCUCAGAGGUUUAGACGGCCAGAGUUUAGUCAGGUCAGACAUUCAUUUACAGCUGCAGUUUGACUGA